AUGGCGGAUUACGACACAUACGACGAUCGGGCCUACAGCAGCUUCGGGGGCGGCAGAGGGUGAGAGUGACCGGGGUGCACCGACAUGGAGAUACCGGGGCUCCGAGCGGGGGAGGGCAAAGCUAGCAUGUAGCCUUCACAUGUAUUAUGCACACACACCCCAUAUCUCACACACACACACAGUGACUGCGUGCUGGGCACACGGUGCGAGCUCCACACACGGUGUGUAUUGUGUGCAGCCCCGGCCCCGCAUUGUUGCUGUGAUCCCAUUAUUAUGAUGGGUGGUGGGCGAUCCCCCAGCAGAUUACCAAUCCCUGAUCGAUAUGUUUAGAGCAUGUGUCCCCCUACAUGGGAGCCCAUAUGAGCAGUGUUUGUGUUGGAUCGUGGCUAGACUGGAUUUGCCAUUAUGAAUGGUGAGUCGACUUGGCUACCACGUGAGAUAAGAGCCGGGUAACACCGAGUGGCUAGUAGGAAGCCCCUAUAGCUAGGCCAGAUGGCCAGGCAGGGGGUGAUGGCUGCUGGGGGGGGCCCCUGAUGGCCAGGCAGGGGAUGGUGGCUGCUGGGGGGGGCCCCUGAUGGCCAGGCAGGGGAUGGUGGCUGCUGGGGGGCCCCUGAUGGCCAGGCAGGGGGGCCCCUGAUGGCCAGGCAGGGGAUGGUGGCUGCUGGGGGGCCCCUGAUGGCCAGGCAGGGGAUGGUGGCUGCUGGGGGGGGGGGGGCCCUGAUGGCCAGGCAGGGGAUGGUGGCUGCUGGGGGGGCCCUCAUGGCCAUGUAUGAUGGGUGGUGUAUAAGUUACCCUGGCAGUGGAUAUUUGUGAUGUUCUCUAUCAGGGUGGUAAAAUGGAGAGACCAUUCUCCUUUCUCUUUUUUAAGAUGAUGGGCAGCACACACCGAGUCUCCUGCUUUGCCCUCUGUGGAGCACUUCUUUCACAAGUUUACACCAAAUGCACUUCAUAUUGUACAGCACUAUAUAAAUAAUAAAAUAAGAAUAAUAUUAAACAGCAUGUCUUAUUGAAUGGCUGACUGUAACUUCCUGCCUGUAGGGGGAUUUAUUGCACUGCACAUGUACUUUAGUCUUCCAGGGAAUACUGAUUCAGGUCACACCUGGUGGUAGUAGUAUUUAUUUACUUAUUUGAAUUGUGAAUUCUUGAUGUUAUCGGACUAUAAGAAUGAACAAUGGAUUGGGAAAUGCACACACUAAUAGCCAUUAAUUUACCAUGUGCUUCAAGCUUAAAUUGACGUUGCCACUUUUGAAUCUUUACGUGGGUUAGAAAUCUGAAAAGUAAUACCCAUGAUUGCUCAUAUUUUGUAUAACAUUGUGGAAUAAUUGUUCUUCAUAGUUGUAUGUGAGGUAGACUUUUUCUAAGGUUUACCUAUAGAUGGGAAGGCAACACAAAAGUAAAUUUCAGAUUCUUUAUAAAAAGGAAAAAAGCUCUUGUAUAUUACUAAAGAAUUUCAUUGAAAUUUCAGAUAAAUUGAAAUAUCAAACACAGGGACCCUUUUUCAUUAUAUAGGUGUCUAUUUUUGGUAAAACAUGUCUGGAACUAAAGUUCACUUGUACUUGCCACUAUCUUACAAUAUUUCAUCUAAUUGUGAUAUUGAAUGGAAGAAGUUUGUUUCAAAGUAAUUUACAAUACAUACCUUUGGCAUGUGCACAUUUAUGGCAUACACAAUAUGUCAUUGCUCCUAUGCUAGGAGCUCAUGGUAAGUACGUGAAAGAACAGGGGUGGAAUGAUUUAGCUAAGUAUCUCUAGUCAUACUAUGCUUUAACACAAAGACCUCAAAAGUGACAAAACUUUUAUAGAUGUUUGAAACUUGGAAUAUAUCACGCAAACCAGCAGUUGUAUAAAUGGUGAUUUUCAGAGAAACAAAAAUGAAAGUAAAGUAAAUCUCCAUGACCUGUGCUUGUUUACUUAGCAAAGCUAUUGACCGUUAUUAGCGCUUAUAUAGUAUCCAUAGUCAUACAGUUUAGCUGUUUAACACAUCUAGAUUAACAAUUUCCUUAAUUAGUUAGAGCUACAAUAGUCUGAGCCUGCUUCUGGUGCUCAGCACUAUUGAAGUGUGAUUUCUGAUUUGAAUAUGAUUAUGAGAUGUUUGUAAUUCUACUGUAGUUUUUUCCAUUUGUCCUUUAUUAGAAUGGGAAAUUUGAGUGUGCACCAUCAUUGUUUUUGGUUUGUUUUAUCGUAAGGAUAACCUCCAGUUUUAUUCAUAGUACGUUAAAGGAUCACUAUAGGAUCAGGAACACAAACAUUUAUUCCUGACCCUAUAGUGUUAAAACCACCAUCUAGCCCCUCUCGGCCCCUCAUGCCUGCAUAAUUUUAGUAAAAAUCUUACUGUAUUCAAGCUUGAAGCUAUAGAUCUGCAUGCUGUUAGAUUCAGAAAAAAAACAAGCAGUCUGCUGACAUCAUCAGAAGUGGUAGCCUGAUCCAAUCACAAUGCUUCCCCAUAGGAUUGGCUAAGACUGACAACGAGGCAGAUCAUGGGCAGAGCCAGCAUGAUUCAAACACAGCCCUGGCCAAUCAGCAUCUCCUCAUAGAGAUGAAUUGAAUCAAUGAAUCUCUAUGAGAAAAGUUCAGUGUCUGCAUGCAGAGGGAGGAGACACUGAAUGUUUGGAUGCAUUUUAGGCAGCCAUGAUCCAGGAAGGAUCUCUAACAGCUAUCUGAGGAGUUGCCAGGAAAGUUAUCACUAGGCUGUAAUGUAAACACUGCAUUUUCUCUGAAAAGACCAUGUUUACAGCAAAAAGCCUGAAGGUAAUGAUUCUACUCACCAGAACAAAUUCAAUAAGCUGUAGUUGUUCUGGUGACUAGUGUCAUUUAAUCAUUUUUUACUAAUGUAAUAAUUUGGUAAUACAUUGCAAUGCAAAAAAUAUAAAUAUAGAAUAAAAGGGAUACUCCAGGCAGCCAGACCACUUCUGCCCGUUGGAGUGGUUGAAUAUAGUUAAAAUAAAAAUGCCAUUAUGUUAACACCUUCGUGACCAGACCGAUUUUCAAUUUUCUUACCGUUGAGGACCAGGUCUGGUUUUAAAUUUCUGCAGUGUUUGUAUUUUGCUGUAAUUUUUCCUUUUACUCAUUUACUGUACCCACACAUAUUAUAUACUGUUUUUCUCGCCAUUAAAUGGCCUUUCUAAAGAUACCAUUAUUUUCAUAAUAUCCUAUAAUUCACUAUAACAAAUUAUAAAAUAUGAUGAAAAAUUUUAAAAAUAAACAAAAACCCACACCUUUUCUUACUUUGACCCCCAAAAUCCGUUAUGCAUCUACAACCACCAAAAAACACCAUGCUAAAUAGUUUCUAAAUUUUGUCCUGAGUUUAGAAAUACCAAAUGUUAACAUGUUCUUAGAUUUUUUUGGAAAGUUAUAGGGCUAUAAGUACAAGUAGAAUAUUGCUGUUUCUAAAUAUAUAUAUUAAAAAGUAUCUAUAGUGACAUUGUAACACUGUUAUCUGUCAUAAAUCUCUGAAUCACACCUCACAUGUACAUAUUUUUCUAAAGUAGACAACCCAGGCUAUUCAAUGAGUCCAGUUUUUUUUUUUUUUUUAGUAGCUACUUAAAGGGACUCUCCAGUGCCAGGAAAACAAUCAGUUUUCCUGGUACUGCAGGUCUCCUCUACCCCCAAUCCCCGGUUGCUGAAGGGGUGAAAACCUUCAGUCACUUACCAGAGACAGCGACAUGUCCCACAUCACUGCUUCUUCCUCCGCCGCCGCUCCUUCCAUUCAUCACGUCAGCCGGCAGGGGAGACCCAUCACGCCCGCUUUUCAGUGUUUCCUAUGGGGAUUUUAGCGACACUGGAGGUCCUCACAUAAUGCUGUGCUAUGAUCCCGGAAGUGCCCUCUAGUGGCUGUCUAGUAGACAGCCACUAGAGGAGUUAACACUGCAAUAAUUACACUUGCAGGGUUAAGAGUAGUGGGAGUUGGCAUUCAGACCACUCCAAUGAGCAGAAGUGGUCUGGGUGCCUGGAGUGUCACUUUAAGUUACAAACACUGGCCAAAGUUAGCAUUUAUUUUUGUUUGUGUGUAAAAAAUGCAAAAAACAAUUACAAACGCAAACUUUGGCCAGUGUUUGUGACUAAGGGGUUACUAACUAAGACUGAACAUACCCCUUUUGCAAUACCUUGGGUUGUUUUCUUUUGCAAAUGGUAUGCCAUCAUGGGGUUCUCAUUCCUGUGCUACCAUACGCUCUCAAAGGCAACAUAACCAAUCUGGCAAAUUUCAAUGCGAAAAAAUGGUAUAUCAAGUCUUAUAUUUGACCCUGUAACUUUCAAAAACACUAUAAAAUCUGUGUAUGGGUGGUACUGUUAUACUCAGGAGAACACAAAUAUUAGUGUUUCAAAACAGUAAAACGUAUCACAACAAUGAUAUCAUCAGUGAAAGUGCAGUUUGUGUGUGAAAAAUGAAAAAAAAACUUCACUUUCACUGACAAUAUUGUCGCUGUGAUAUGGUUUACUGUUUUGAAACACUAAUUUGUGUUCGGUGAAGUCUUCCGAGUAAAAUAGUACCCCCCAUGUACAGGUUUUAGGGUGUCUUGGAAAGAUACAUGGUUAAAUAUAGUGCUAGCAAAUUAAACUUUUGGCCUGGGUUGUCAGGCAGGUCCUGCAAAUUACUAUCAAUAAAUUACUUAAUUAUGUAAAAAUAUUACCUAAAUAUGCACGUAGAAUUUAAAUAUUUACACAUAUUUAUAUUUGAAGUCUACGUGUAUAUUUAUCAAAUUAUUCAUGUAUUCAUGCGAUCACAUGGCCCGGGGGAAGAGAGGGGCCUAGAUUUGCCGAAGGGGGACUGUCUGGGCUGUCAGAAAGUCCUCCCAGAACGAGAGGAACAUGAAACGACGGCGAUCAAGUAAGUAAUUAGGAAUUGCCGCGGACACAGUUGAGAACCUGUGUUCUAGAGUUUCGAACAGAAACGUAUUACUAGGUCGUUGUCUUUGAUAAAUAUUUCUAUUCCUUAUCUUAAUCAUUUUAAAUUGUUCAUUUGCUAUUUGCCUUUAAUUGCAACUGUUUAUCUCCUAAUUUUGCCAGUUAAGUUUUCACUCAAUGCUGUUAAAGCAUUUGCUAGGAUGAGAGGUCUAGUGGAAGGAUGCAUGCAUGUGUUUAAUUAAAUAGUAAGAUAUAAACUCACAUCUGAUCCAGUGCUGCCUUGUCAUCUUUGUAAGUUUUACACUGUUGUAACAUUCAACUCCAGCCCGUCCACGCUCUACCAGCUGUUUUCUUUGAUUUGCGGGCAAGCCUCUGUGAUAUGGACACACUGGCUUCAUUCCUGCAUGUGCAGUGGUUUCUGUCUGAAGAGCAGAAGCACUGUCUAAAUGAGAUCCUUCUUGCUUUCUCUGUUUGACAUUGGUGUGACCAUGAAAUGACAAUUGCUAACAAUUCUUCUAGAUUAGAAUGGUAUAGAUUAAAUGCUAUGCUCUAUAAAAUGAGCAAAGGUAGUAUGUGCCAUGACAGGUACAGUUUAAGCACUGUGACUAUUACAGAUUAUUGUAGGCCUCAGGCGCACAUAAUUGCGCUCUUCCCAUUCGUGUCAAACCAUUUUCAAUUUUUUUCCAAAAAACCCCCACAUGACUCUCCCAACACUUGAUGCUGCUUCCCAUUAAUGUGGAUCAGCUAAUAUAUAAGUGAACAACAAUAUUGAAUAGCUCUGCUAUUGCAGCUUAAUAUUGCUGUCCAAUUCUAGACCUUGAAUGUGGAUGUUUAUGUUCACAUUAACAAAGAUGCAGCAGAGGGGCUGUAAUUUGUGGUGCCAGGAUAGCUGUUCAACACUGGUGUGGAAGGUCAUGUAUUAUAGACCAAUGUCUGACCAGUAUUAAUAGAACGCAGAAAAGGGAAUAUACAUAAAGGACCACUAAAGGCACCCAGAUGGCCUGGGUGCAGUGACUCUUUAGUUUAACCAUACAAUGAAAAGCACUUCGGUUUUGUAGAAACAUUUGUAGUGGAGCUCUGAUACCCCGACUAGGUAUCUCCGCUACUCCUUCCUCGAAGCUGAAAGCUCUGUAAUAAUUCAAGACUCCUAGCAUGGGGUUUCCAUAUCAAAGUUACACUGAUUUUACUCCCAGGAGUCUCUGUUUCUGAGAGAUAAUUGAGUGAGAAAACUCAAUCUCUCAGUUACAGGAAAACACACAAUAUUUUUAAAACACCCCAAAAAAACAAAUCAUAUUACCGAAUAGCUUGUGUCUGAGCGCACUUUGUCGAAAUAGUGUUCAGAUCCCUUCGGUGGUUCAGGAACACCAUUUGUAUAACGUUUUGACCGGUCAGCCAUGAGUUCCACAGAAAACAAGGCAAUGACUGGUCAUCUUUUGGGGUUCUCACACGAACACCGAUAAAUGUUCGCCCUGGCUGUUAGGAAGCGAAUGCUCCCCCUGUUCGGUAGUUCAUGCUUCCCAAAUGCCGUUCUUCUAACUGUUUGGGAAGAUGGAUGGACAGCGGUAGAAGUUCCCCGGGUGUUCACGGGGUCGCGUAUAUAAGAUACAGUUCCAUGCCUUCGACGACCAUGUAUCGCUACCUACGUUCGGGAGACAAAAUGGCCACCAAUUCUUAUUAGGUUAUACGAAUGGUGGCCACACAGGGAAAGCACUUGAAUUAAUUGUUCAUUUGUGGUUACCAGCCAGAGAUGGUCGGUAAUUAGGAGGUGUUAACUUAAUUAAGUGGCACGAGUGCAGUGGUCCUGUCCUUUUAGUCCUGCAAUGUUAAACAUUACAGUUUUGUGUAAACUAUUGCAUAUUCAACACACCUUAGUGGCUGUCUUCUAGGGUCACUUCUGGCAUGUAUUAGAGUGCAGCUUCUGUGUCUAUCUUGUGAGCGUAGGAGGCUGUCAGAUUGGGCAGUAGACUUCUUGCCUUCUAGCCUGUAGCUUCCUUCUGUAUCACAUGACCAGUAUUGGAGGCAAACACACUGGGGAGGGUUCUAAUGCUAGUCCAUGUGUACAUUGUGUGGGAGCUGAUAAUGAUGUAGAUCUAAUAUUGACAAAGUUUUGGAGCUCCUUGUGGAUUCGCUUGGUUUAAACCUGCAUUCCAUAGGUAGUGUGGAGCAUAAACACCAGCAUGUUUUUCCUGACCAUGUUUUACAGGAUCUGAGAAAAUGAAAUGGUGAGUGCUAGAAAGAAAAAUAUGUGGACAGUUGAUGUAAUUGCCCAUUUGCAAGCAUUGAUUGCUAAAUGUCAUUCCUGACCAAGAGUGAAAAAUGCUUUUGCGCUGUAAAAAUCUUUAGGGAAUAAUCCACCCAGCCAAGAUGCAUGCUGGCUUGAAAAUAAUGUUCCAGCCUUUUCUGCCUAGUGGAAAACGUCACUGUCUGGAGCAGAUGUAGGUCACUGCUCAACCUGAGAGCUCUAGUCUUAAAUCUGUGCUGCCAGUGGUUUCUGGAUGCUGUCACAGCUACUUAGACUUACACAGUAAGGAAAUUUGUUAAAGCAUCAGGCCCUCAGAGAAAGGUGAGUGUUCCCAACUACUCAGGGAUAAGUAGUGUCUCAAAUUGUAUUAGUCUUACAUUCAAAAACGGUUAUAGUGUGCAAAUAUCAGACUUUAAUUUAAAAAUAUUGAAUAUAUCUCUUCUUCUUUUUAAAGAGUAAGUGGUUUCCCUUUGCUAGCGGUCUAAUUUUUAACAUAGUCUAUUAGUGUGAAGACCAAAUGUGUAAAAUCAGGAUUCUUAAACGGACACUCAAGGGUGCAAUUGAUAUCCCCUUAUUUUAUUUUUUCAAUUUCAUCUUUAUUAAAUUUAAAAAAAAAAAGUCAUACAUAUCAAAUGUGAGCAUAUAAAAUGUUCGGAUAUAUAUUUAAACAAACAGGUGAUAAGCAAAUAUCAGUAGAUGAUAAAAAUUAUGGUUUUAUAAAACCUAAACAGUGAACGGAUAUAUCCGAAAAAACAUGACAAAAAUAAAAUUUAAACAGAUCUUGGACAUAUCCAGGACAAAAAUAAAUAAGUAAAGAGAUAGGUAGUAAUAGUUUAGUGUUAUAGUGUGUGGGCUUUGUAGAUGGCGAACGUGGGAUCGAAUUUCAUUUAAAUCAAUUCACAGGGCUAUAAUUCAUUAGGUCUAUAAUAUUGAAUCCAUGGGUCCCACAUUUUAUCAUAUGUAUGUAAUGUCUUUGCUUCUCUGUCAAAUAAAAGUUUCUCUGCCUCUCUGUUUAUAUUCCAUGAUGGGAUAUUUGAGUUUUUAUUCCAUUGGAAUAAUGUAUUGUAUUUAGUCCUGAAUACCUCCUUUUUUUUUUUUUUUUUUUAAAUCAGUCACUUCCUGGUCUCUGAGUAGUAUUGUACUAUUAGCUGUCCCCUGGAAUGUAUGCAAUUACCGUGAAAGGUGUCCCGGUUCAUCUUAGUCUUAGUCUUUUAUUGCCAGCUGUUUUGUGCCUUGUAUUUUCUCCUACUUAGCCAUUCUAUCCCACUCCAACCCUCCAUAAAUCUAAUUUUCUGUUGUGGUUCUUUAUCACUUCUUUUUUGCUACAUGGAUCUCAUCAAACAUGUAUUUCUGACCCUAUAGUGUUAAAACUUCCAUCUAGCCCCCUGACCUGUCCAUUGGCUCCCUAAAUAUAGUAAAAUCUUACUUGUUUUCAAGUCUGAAGCUGCUGCCCCUGAACUUCCUCUGUCUCCUGACAUCAUCAGAAGUGGUGGUCUGAGCCACUCACAAUGUUUCCCCAUAGGAUUGGCUGAGAUUGUUAAGGAGGCAGAUAAGGGACAGAGCCAGCACAAGUCAAACACAGCCCUGGCCAAUCUGCAUCUCGUCGUAGAGAUUCCUGUCAGUCUGGCCGGGUACAGGAGACUGAAUCUCCUGUACUGCAGUGCACACUGCUCUGCUCUGCCAUUCUACAAGGAGAGACACAAGGGAGGUGGGGACCAAGGAGGGAGAGAGCGAGAGAGAGAGAGAGAGAGAGGGGGGCACUAAAGGACUGGGGGAUGGCGGGUGGUAAGGAAUACUGGGGUGGGGGUGGUAAGGAAUACGGGGGGGAGAGGAACAUUAAGGGAGGACACUAAGGUACAGGGGAGGGAAGGGAAAAGGAACACUGGGGUGGGGGGGUUGGCACCACUAAAAGAGAAUGGAGAGGAAUAUGUGGGGGGUGGGAGGGAAGAGUUCCUAACGCACAUAUUUACACACAAACACCUUGCAUCCACUACACAAACACACACACUGUAUCCACCUCACAAACACACACACUGAAUUCACCACCCACACUGCAUCCACUACACAAACACACAUACACACACUGCAUCUACUAAUCAAAUAUUCUCAUCGCAUCCACUACACCCGCAUAUAAAUAUUCUUGAAAACAUUACAAAAAAAAUCUGACUGGCAUGUGUAUUUUGUGCAUUUACAACUUAAUAAAAAAAAAAUUGUUAAAAAAUAAAUAAAAUAAAUCUACAGAAUAUUGGUACGCUAUUGGCCAUCGGCCUGAAAGUUCACAGAUUAUCGGUACCUGCUCUAAAAAAUCAAUAUCGGUCGAUCCCUAACCUGACACAAAUGUCACUGCAUUUUCACAAUGUUAUUUAAAAAAAAAAAAAAAAACCCCCACUAGUUCAUCUAGUUGCUUUGACCUGCUAGAUCACCUUAGUGUGGAUAUGAAUUUGAGGUUGCAAAUGGAAAUCUAUCAAGCUGGUUCUGCUCUUUAGAAUGCUUGUAUAAGUUGGGGGGAAAAAAUUUGAGAAUUAAAUUUUUUUUUUUUUUUUCUUCAUCCUUAGGUCGCGAAGGGAUGCGGGCCCAGGUCCUCGGAAACAGAAAGAGCUGCCUACAGACCCACCAUUCACUGCAUAUGUGGGGAAUCUUCCAUUCAAUACCGUUCAAGGAGACAUAGAUGUCAUCUUUAAAGAAUUGAAUGUGAGGAGUGUGCGGCUAGUGCGAGAUAAGGAGACAGAUAAAUUUAAAGGUAAGAAUAUUUGUUGAUCAUAAUGCUCAAAACAUAGUUCUGUCUUGAUUAUUAAAGGCAGUUAAUGUUCCUUUUAAAUAUCUGUAGCCUGGCAAAUAAACUAUUCACUAGGUAAGAGAUUAUCUUUAGCACAACAUAUGGUUUUUGAACUAUUUUUCCCACAAUUGGAAAUUAAUUGGAAACAUCUGUAAUUGAAUUGUCAUUGAAUGUGUAAGUGACACGGUGUAUGUCAUUGAGUGUUAGUGAAAGUGUGUAAGUGACACUGAGUAUGUCUGUGUGUCGGUGAGUGUAAGAGACACUGUACGUUAGUGAGUGUGUAAAUGCCCCUUGUGUGUGUAUAUCAGUGAAUGUGUGUGCAUGUGUGACCAUGUAAAGAGAUGCUUAUAAAAUUAUAGUAUUAUAUAUUAUAAAUGUAAGAUUAAUAUACAUUAAACUGGGAAAAAUAUGUUUUACUUCACUGUAACAAAAAUUAAAUCCCACCAUUAUAAUAAAUUGGAUACCACCAAAUACAUUGAUAUGUAUUGGGCAGUAUGAGUGUAUGGAUAUAUGUAUUAGGCAAUAUGUGUCUAUUGAUGUAGAACACCACAGAAAUUGCUGGCGCUAUAUAAAUAAUAAUAUGCAUUAGGCAUUACGUGUGUAUUGAUGUGUGUAUUAGACAGUAUGAAUGUAUUAUUAGGCGGAAUUUGAGUGGAUUUAUGUUUUGAGCUGUGUGCACAUGGUUGAUUUUAUGUAAUAAGCAGUAUGUGUGGAUGGAUGGAUGUAUUAGGCAGUAAUUGGCACACCAUGGCAAUCAUCUUUAGAGGCACACAAUUGGCACACUAUAGCAAUCCUCUUUAGAGACAUACAAUUGCCACACCAUAGCGAUUAAUUUUAGAAACAUAAAAUUGGCAACGAGGGCAACCAGCUUUAAAAACUUAAACCUGGCACAUCAUGGCAAACAGACUUAGCUGCAUAAAAUUGGCACACUGUGGCAAACAGUCUUAGGUACAUAAAGUUGGCACAUGGCAGCUUUAGAGACAUACAAUUUGCAUACCACGGCAAUCCAUUUUAGAUGCAUAAAAUUGGCAUAUCAUGGGAGUUUGAGGCAUCAUUUGGCACAUCCAUGGAAGUUUCAGAGGCAUCAUUUGGCACAUCCAUGGGAGUUUCAGAGGCAUCAUUUGGCACAUCCAUGGGAGUUUCAGAGGCAUCAUUUGGCACAUCCAUGGGAGUUUCAGAGGCAUCAUUUGGCACAUCCAUGGGAGUUUCAGAGGCAUCAUUUGGCACAUCCAUGGGAGUUUCAGAGGCAUCAUUUGGCACAUCCAUGGGAGUUUCAGAGGCAUAAUUUGGCACAUCCAUGGGAGUUUCAGAGGCAUCAUUUGGCACAUCCAUGGGAGUUUGAGGCAUCAUUUGGCACAUUUGGCACAUCCAUGGGAGUUUCAGAGGCAUCAUUUGGCACAUCCAUGGGAGUUUCAGAGGCAUCAUUUGGCACAUCCAUGGGAGUUUCAGAGGCAUCAUUUGGCACAUCCAUGGGAGUUUUAGAGGCAUCAUUUGGCACAUCCAUGGGAGUUUUAGAGGCAUCAUUUGGCACAUCCAUGGGAGUUUUAGAGGCAUCAUUUGGCACAUCCAUGGGAGUUUCAGAGGCAUCAUUUGGCACAUCCAUGGGAGGAGGCACAUCCAUGGGAGAGGCAUCAUUUGGCACAUCCAUGGGAGUUUCAGAGGCAUCAUUUGGCACAUCCAUGGGAGUUUCAGAGGCAUCAUUUGGCACAUCCAUGGGAGUUUUAGAGGCAUCAUUUGGCACAUCCAUGGGAGUUUUAGAGGCAUCAUUUGGCACAUCCAUGGGAGUUUUAGAGGCAUCAUUUGGCACAUCCAUGGGAGUUUUAGAGGCAUCAUUUGGCACAUCCAUGGGAGUUUUAGAGGCAUCAUUUGGCACAUCCAUGGGAGUUUUAGAGGCAUCAUUUGGCACAUCCAUGGGAGUUUGAGAGGCAUCAUUUGGCACAUCCAUGGGAGUUUGAGAGGCAUCAUUUGGCACAUCCAUGGGAGUUUGAGAGGCAUCAUUUGGCACAUCCAUGGCAGUUUUAGAGGCAUCAUUUGGCACAUCCAUGGCAGUUUUAGAGGCAUCAUUUGGCACAUCCAUGGCAGUUUUAGAGGCAUCAUUUGGCACAUCCAUGGCAGUUUUAGAGGCAUCAUUUGGCACAUCCAUGGCAGUUUUAGAGGCAUCAUUUGGCACAUCCAUGGCAGUUUUAGAGGCAUCAUUUGGCACAUCCAUGGCAGUUUUAGAGGCAUCAUUUGGCACAUCCAUGGCAGUUUUAGAGGCAUCAUUUGGCACAUCCAUGGCAGUUUUAGAGGCAUCAUUUGGCACAUCCAUGGCACUUUUAGAGGCAUCAUUUGGCACAUCCAUGGCACUUUUAGAGGCAUCAUUUGGCACAUCCAUGGCACUUUUAGAGGAAGAAACUUGGCACAUCCAUGGCAGUUUUAGAGGAAGAAACUUGGCACAUCCAUGGCAGUUUUAGAGGAAGAAACUUUCACAUGAUGGCAAUCUGUUUUAGAGGUAUACAACUGCUUACUCCGACUACAACUCCACUGUGGAACUAAUGUAGAGAGGGCCCUGGUGCAAGUAUGUUUUCUGAGCCCUCCUAUAGUGCAAGUGUGGCCAAAAGGUAAAUCUCCAUCUGUCGGAGAACUUCAGCAAUGCUAUGCCAGCUGGGGAUCUAUCAUCAUUGCAGGGUUAUAUUUGUGAGCAGUGUUUGAGCAUUUGAAUGUAAGCAUGUUUUUGUAUAAAGUAUAUGUUUGCGUGUAUUUGUAUGUACUGUUGCCAUUGGAAUGUAGUGGUGUAAUGUUUGCGUCUGAAUUCAGGGGUGUUUGUAUGUAGUGUAGGACUUUAAAUGCAGGUGUGGUGUUUGAAUGAAGGGGUGUAUAUAAUUUAUUUUAAUACAGGGGUGUGUUUGUAUGUAAUGUUUGUUUGAUUGCAGUGUGUAUAUUGUAUAUAAAAUGUCUGUUUGAAUGUAAGCAUGUUUUUGUAUGGAGUAUGUGUGUGAAUGUUGGUGUUUGAAUGCAGAUGUGCAUUUGUGUGUGAUAGUGGCUGUCUACCUUUGGUCUGAUAUCUGACGCUGGAUGUCCUCACACUCUGCAUGAGGGCACCCAGCAUCAGAUUUUUUUUUCCCCUCCAUAUGAAAGCAUUUAUUCUGAGUGGAUAGAGCCGCGACACAGCGCGUAGGAUCAGGUAAGUAAAUAAAGGGUUGUUAACACUUUACCUGGCUUGGUGGGGUGGGGGUGCAUUCCUAGCACUUAAGGAUCCCAUUAAAUAAGCCUGUUGUGUCUCUUUAUAAAAUUGUAUUGACAAAUAGUACAAUAUAACUCAACCUUCCCACUCACGGUUUUGUUUUGUAUGCAAAUAUUGUGCUGUUUAAAAUUUGUUAAAAUCUUCAUCUCUAACCACGUGUUUGCAUGUGCAUCCAGUUGAAACUACAGGGAUUUGGCUACUGUGCAACAAAUCAUACAUUGAUAAAGUGUACAGUACAUUAACAUAAUGUUUUUCUCUUUAGGGUUUUGUUAUGUGGAGUUUGAUGACUUGGAGUCUCUUAAAGAAGCUUUGACUUAUGAUGGUGCAGUAAGUUCUUCUUCACAUCAUUUUGAGAAAAAUUAUUGAACUGACAGCUUUUGCUUACUCUGCCCGGUUUUCCUCCCUCCAUUAGCUUUUAUUUGAACGAUCACUCAGAGUCGAUAUUGCCGAAGGAAGAAAGCAAGAUAAGGGUGGCUUUGGUUUCAGAAAAGGCGGGACUGAAGACAGAGGUUAGUAUUUAUUCACACAUCAGAAUAUUCCAAGAAUGUAGAAUUUAUAUUGUUAGACUCCAUUGAAUGAUUAAUUGGAAUUAUAUUGCGUCAGUUGAUACUAUAGAUCUGCAUACAUGGUAUGUGAAAAUCUCACAGAACAUGAUAUGGCAAGCUUUCCAUUUGGAAUUGGUUUUAUAUCUAAAGUAUUAAGCCAUUCAUUUCCCUGUGUAAUGGAAGGGAUAAAGUAUAAAUGUUUCAUGCAUUGCAUUAGAAAGGUUCUCUCACCCCAGAAUAGUUUUUCUGUUAACCAGUUUUUAAGUCAUGAAAUCAAGCUUCUGCUUUUUUAUUCUUUAUUUGGUGUACUUCAAGGGAUAGCUGUUGUAUGACCAGAUGUUUUUCUUUUUUUAUUAAUAUACAGAGGGUUAUAGUUUUUGUUCUCCUAUAAUUUUGAAAUGAUUUCUUUUGUAACAUUGUUUUAGGGAUACAUUGUGUUGCAGGUCUCUUUGGGACUGAAGAACUUCGUUUUGCUCUCCCAUUGCAACCUGAAAGGGUUUGUUUUCUUAGCAUUGAUUUCAUGUUGGUAUUGCAUUGUUUUUCAGGAAGCGAUAGUUUCGGCAGUAGAGGAGGAAGAGAUGACUUCAACUCUGGUAAAGCAUGUCUGUUUUUGCUAAUGGGUCUAUCAAUUGUUCAUCUCGGUAUUGGGCUCUGCAUGUGACUUCUCAACAUAGUUUUUCUAUUCAAAAUUCAAUCUAAGCCAGGCUUCCCCAAUCUCUGGCCCUCCAGAUGUUGCCGAACUACAACUCCCAUGAUCCUUUGAAUGAAAUAGAUAGCCAGAGAAUCAUGGGAGUUGUAGUUCAGCAACAUCUCGAGGGCCGGAGUUUGGGGAAACCUGAUCUCUAAGCCUUACCAAUUUUUCACAUACUUCUACUUCUUAAUUUGGGAAACUUUCCUUUCCACUUUUAUUUAUGACUAUUUUAAUUCAUACUUUGUCCAUCAAAUGUCAGUGAUGCAUAAAACACAAAUAGGGUAAUAAACAAUGACAUGUUUUUUUAUACAGCUACCAUUUUUAUUUAUUUAUUUAUUUUUGCUUUUAAGGGGUGGUUUUGUGAAACCUCUUGCCAUCAUUCAUGCAGUGGUAAAUGGUGGCUGUACUUUUUGAAACCUUAAAGGACCACUAUAGGCACCCAGACCACUUCAGCUUAAUGAAGUGGUCUGGGUGCCUGGUCCAGCUAGGGUUAACCCUUUUCUUUAUAAACAUAGCAGUUUCAGAGAAACUGCUAUGUUUACACUGAGGCUUAAUCCAGCCUCUAGAGCCUCUAGUGGCUGUCUCAUUGACAGCCGCUAGAGGUGCCUGCGUGCUUCUCACUGUGAAAAUCACAGUGAGAAGACGCCAGCGUCCAUAGAAAAGCAUUGUAAAUGCUUUCAUAUGAACUGGCUAAAAGCGUGCGCAGCUCCUGCCGCGCAUGCGCAUUCACCCGAUGACAUCGCUAGGAAGGAGGAGAGGAGGAGGAAAGCUCCCAGCCCGGCGCUGGAGAAAGGUAAGAUUUUAACCCCUUCCUCUACCCAGAGCCCGGCGGGAGGGGGACCCUAAGGGUGGGGGCACCCUCAGGGCACUAUAGUGCCAGGAAAACGAGUAUGUUUUCCUGGCAUUAUUGUGGUCCUUUAAAACAGAGCAAAUGUAUCUAGAACCGAAAGACUGAGGAAGGGAAUAGAAGUUCAGAGAUUUAUUUUAAAAAUCAUUUACCAUAUAACAGCAGAAAUAUUAGACUUUUUUGCUCUGUGUGGCUCCUGGGAAAAAGAUGGUUUUUAAAACACUGUUGGCUCUAUUAUCAACUUAUCUUAUUGCAAUUGUUAUAGUGUCUUAUUUCGGUUCCUCUGUGUCUUGACCUCCAGUGCUGUAUAUUUUAAAAAUGUGAAGGCUUGGAAGAGUGGAUUCAAACCCUCUAGAUAAGAAUCUCUACUACGACUUCACUAGGUGUCUAGGGAUCUGUAAUCUUGUAGCUCUGCUCUCUCACACGUCUUGCAGUGAUGCCGGGAGUCAGAAUAUGAUGUCAUUCUGGCCCUGGCAUCACUAGACGGCAUGCAGAGCAAAAUAGCUUGCAAAUGAUCAGAGUAGCUCCACUGGACCAUAGGUAGGGAGGAUGUGUGGACGUAAAUUUAAAAAAACAAAACACUGUACUAUAUUUGUAAAAUUCAUUUAAAAUAAAGAAUUUUGGUCUUUUUCAUUUUCCAGGAGCUUUGCAACUAAUUCAAAAUGUUCAUAAAGAAUGCAUUUACUUACUUUUAUUCUAGAGCAAUUGGUCUCCUUGCAGCACUUUGCUCUGCUCAUGGUGAUGUUGUGAAGUCACAAGAUAUUGUUCCAAUAAAAUGCUUUUAUUUAAGAACAUUGCCGACCCUCGCCACUAUUGUGAUUCCACAAUCCACCAAUGAAAAUCCUUUCAUAGAGAAUCAUUGAACACAAUGAUUCACUAUGAGAAACCAUGAUUGUGACACUGCGCAAUAGCUUUCUAUGAGAAACAUUGGAUUGGCUGAAAUAAUCAAGAUUGAUGAUCUCAGCCUUAAAGGACCACUCUAGGCACCCAGACCACUUCAGCUUAAUGAAGUGGUCUGGGUGCCAGGUCCUUCUAGGGUUAACCCAUUUUUUCAUAAUUAUAGCAGUUUCAGAGAAACUGCUAUAAUUAUGAAUGGGUUAAGCCUUCCCCCAAAGCCUCUAGUGGCUGUCUCAUUGACGGCCACUAGAGGCGCUUGCGUGCUUCUCACUGUGAUUUUCACAGUGAGAGCACGCCAGCGUCCAUAGGAAAGCAUUGUAAAUGCUUUCCUAUGAGACCGGCUGAAUGCGCGCGCAGCUCUUGCCGCGCGUGCGCAUUCAGCCGGCGGGGCGUAACGGAGGCGGAGAGGAGGAGGAGAGCUCUCCGCCCAGCGCUGGAAAAAGGUAAGUUUUUACCCCUUUCCCCUUCCAGAGCCGGGCGGGAGGGGGUCCCUGAGGGUGGGGGCACCCUCAGGGCACUAUAGUGCCAGGAAAACGAGUAUGUUUUCCUGGCACUAUAGUGGUCCUUUAAGGCAGAGCCAGGCUAAAUGAACUUCGGUGAGGAAGAAAAGGUGAGUAAAAUCACCUUUUUACUGAGAUUGGAGGGGGUGGUUAUUUAAACAGCCACUUCAGGACUAUAGUGUCAAGAAUUAUGUUGGUAUUCCUGACGCUACAGUUUUCCUUUAGCCAAUGUGCUAUAUUCAGAGCUCAAAUUGAGCACUGCAUUCAACCCUUUAAAUGGAAUUUAAUCUCUGAUUGAGCAGUUGCUCUCAGCUGUGGUGAUUCUUGGGCUGCAUUCUCUGAGUGAGACGCCCCGGGUCUGAACUGCAGAGAUAGCAUGCUGGGGCUGCAAUGUUAGGGAGAUCUUUUUGUCAUGUUGCAAACAGCCAUUAGAUUGUAUUCACAGACCAAUCUCUACUGUUUGUGCUUUUUUGACAAGCUUUAUUUGGUGUUUGUUUUCCGACAAUUUUUUUUAUAGUCCUAAUCAUCACAGUAUAGUUAAGAACAGUAUAGGGAAGUCUUAAAUGACACCAUGAAACAAUGUGACUAGCAAUAUAACAUCUCACUUGGUCUUCAUGAAAUACUUAACGGUUUGGAUUUUUUAGAAAUUUUAUCUAAAAAAAAAAAAAAUCAAUUCUCAAAUCGUGUCUGCUGCCAAAUGUAAUUAUAGGCAAAUGCAAGAAUCGGCAAGCCGGUAUGGAAUAUUGCAGACUUCAGAAUCUAACAAGGAAAGUGGACCGUUGAGAAAUGACGCCUUUAUGUUGUAGACUAGGGAUCGACGGAUAUUGAUAUUUUAUUUUUAUUUUUAUUUUUUUGAGCUGAUAACGAUAAUCUGUGAACUUUCAGGCUGAUAGCCGAUAACUUACCGAUACCACUAUUCUGUACAUUUACCGUUUUGAAAAAUAAACUAUUUCUACACAAAUCUACUGUUAACUGAACAUGUUUAUUUUUUUGCAAAUCUUUUAUUUAUUUUUUAUUUAGGUAAAUGCACAAAAUAUACUUGCCAGUCAGAUUUUUUUUUAAUGUUUUUAAGAAAAUAUAUUUUCUUAAAAACAUAAAAAAAAAAUCUGACUGGCAAGUAUAUUUUGUGCAUUUACCUAAAUAAAAAAUAAAAGAUUUGCAAAAAAAUAAACAUAUAUAUAUAUUUUCUUAAAAACAUUAAAAAAAAAAAAUCUGUCUACAACAUAAAGGCGUCAUUUCUCAACGGUCCACUUUCCUUGUUAGAAUCUGAAGUCUGCAAUAUUCCAUACCGGCUUGCCGAUUCUUGCAUUUGCCUAUAAUUACAUUUGGCAGCAGACACGAUUUGUGUGUGUAUGUAUAUGUAUGUAUGUAUAUGUAUGUAUAUAUAUGUAUAUAUGUAUGUAUGUAUAUAUAUAUGUAUAUGUAUGUAUAUAUAUAUGUAUGUAUGUGUAUAUAUAUAUAUAUAUGUGUGUGUGUGUGCUCAGUGUUUCUGUAGGUAUGUAAUGUGUGUAAAAUAGGGGGGUUAAAUAUUUUUCUACAUUUUGUUUUAGUCCCCCCUCCCUGCUUCUUACCUGGCCAGGGAGGGGGGAUAUGGCAUUCCCUGGGGUGCCCUUCCCAGCAGCUUCCUUGUCUAACGCUCGCUUCCUGCGUGCGGAGCAUUGCCAUGGUAACCAGUGUCACUGUUCUGACGGCCACGAGAGUUAGACAGGGGAGCUGAAUGGAGCUGCUGCGAAGGUAAGUAAGAGUGUGCUGCGGGCACCUCCAGGACUCUGAUGGCGGCCGUAGUCUGCAAUAUCGGUAUCUUUAUUGGCCGAUACGAUAUUGCUGAAAAUACAGACUAUCGGCCGAUAAUAUCUGUAGCCUGUAGCGCACUGCUGCCAGCAAUAGUGCUGUGAUUCGGGGCCAGUUCUUGUAACUGAAAAAAGAGAUUUAGGGUAUACAAUGUUCAGGUGACUAGAGGAAGAAUCAAGAAGAGGGAGGGACCAUUAUGGCAUAGCACCCAGUCCUGUUACAUAAUCUAGCUAUGGGGUCUAGGUCUGUAGAUCUCCUCCACCUUAGGAUAGCGCACCCGUUUGUUUCUAGUGUAAAAUAAUUAGGGACUGCGGCAUUUAAUAGAUAUUUGGUUAAGAAUGUUUUUAUAUCUUGCUAUAGUUUUUUUCUGGGCUGUAAGAGCAUAGGAAGGGGCGGCAGUGGCAGGUCCGAUACUGUAAUCUCACAGAUCUUGGCAAUUCUCAUCGUCCAUUAGCGUCUGAUGACAGGACUGGACCCCAGACGUGAACCCCAAUGCCCGCAUCUGUCCCACACCUCCAACAGUCGCUGGAUAGUUCAGCGCUUAUUGAGAUGAAGUGAUCUGGGUGUCUAUAGUGUCCCUUAAAAAAUGCGUCUGUUUGGCAGAUCAUGUUUUUCAAUUCUGUUUUGCACAGUUUGACAUCACACCAUGCAUUAAAAGCAAUAUUGCCUGGGAUAACGGACCCUUUGCCAAAUUGGAUAUAUAGAAUUUAGGGCAGAUCCGUUAAUGAUCUGCCCAUGGAUUAUAUUGCUUUGUCUCUUACAAGACCUUGGCAUAUUUUGCAAUGACAAUUUGGUUUGUUAGCCUGGGGUAGGCACAAAUGAUAGAGAUAAUUACCAGAAAUGCUCCUUCACAUGUGCCUCCAUGUUUCGUUUUUAAAUUUUUUUUUAAAGCUUCUAAAGUAUUAAGCCAUUCAUUUCCCUGUGUAAUGGAGGGGAUAAAGUAUAAAUGUUUCAUGCAUUGCAUUAGAAAGGUUCUCUCACCCCAGAAUAGUUUUUCUGUUACCAGUUUUUAAGUCAUGAAAUCAAGCUUCUGCUUUUUUAUUCUUUAUUUGGUGUACUUCAAGGAAUAGCUGUUGUAUCACCAGAUGUUUCUUUCUUUUUUUUUUAUUAAUAUACAGAGGGUUAUAGUUUUUGUUCUCCUAUAAUUUUGAAAUGAUUUCUUUUGUAACAUCGUUUUAGGGAUACAUUGUGUUGCAGGUCUCUUUGGGACUGAAGAACUUCGUUUUGCUCUCCCAUUGCAACCUGAAAGGGUUUGUUUUCUUAGCAUUGAUUUCAUGUUGGUAUUGCAUUGUUUUUCAGGAAGCGAUAGUUUCGGCGGUAGAGGAGGAAGAGAUGACUUCAACUCUGGUAAAGCAUGUCUGUUUUUGCUAUUGGGUCUAUCAAUUGUUCAUCUCGGUGUUGGGCUCUGCAUGUUACUUCUCAGUUUUUCUAUUCAAAAUCAAUCUAAGCCAGGCUUCCCCAAACUCCGGCCGUCCAGAUGUUGCCGAACUACAACUCCCAUGAUCCUUUGAAUGAAAUAGAUAGCCAGAGAAUCAUGGGAGUUGUAGUUCAGCAACAUCUCGAGGGCCGGAGUUUGGGGAACCCUGAUCUAAGCCUUACCAAUUUUUCACAUACUUCUACUUCUUAAUUUGGGAAACUUUAGACUAUUAGACUUUUUUGCUCUGUGUGGCUUCUGGGAAAAAGAUGUUUUUAAAACACUGUUUGCUCUAUUAUCAACUUAUCUUAUUGCAAUUGUUAUAGUGUCUUAUUUAGGUUCCUCUGUGUCUUGACCUCCAGUGCUGUAUAUUUUAAGUUUGAAGGCUUGGAAGAUUGGAUUCAAGCCCUCUAGAUAAGAAUCUAUACUACGACUUCACUAGGUGUCUAGGGAUCUGUAAUCUUGUAGCUCUGCUCUCUCACACGUCUUGCAGUGAUGCCGGGAGUCGGAAUAUGAUGUCAGUCUGGCCCUGGCAUCACUAGACGGCAUGCAGAGCAAAAUAGCUUGCAAAGCUCCACUGGACCAAAGGUAGGGAGGCUGUGUGGACGUAAAUUUAAAAAACCAAAACACUGUGCUACAUUUGUAAAAUUCAUUUAAAAUAAAUAAUUUUGGUCUUUUUCAUUUUCCAGGAGAUUUGCAACUAAUUCAAAAUGUACAUAAAGAAUGCAUCUACUUACUUUUAUUCUAGAGCAAUUGGUCUCCUCGCAGCACUUUGCUCUGCUCAUGGUGAUGUUGUGAAGUCACAAGACUUUGUUCCAAUAAAAUGCUUUUAUUUAAGAACAUUGCCGACCCUCGCCACUAUUGUGAUUCCACAAUCCACCAAUGAAAAUCCUUUCAUAGAGAAUCAUUGAACACAAUGAUUCACUAUGAGAAACCAUGAUUGUGACACUGCGCAAUAGCUUUCUAUGAGAAAACAUUGGAUUGGCUGAGAUAUCGGUAAAAAGGAUAAUCGGUCGAUCCCUACCACACACUGCAGCCACUAGACACACUGCAUCCACUACACACACACACACUGCAUCCACUACACACGUAGCGUUUACUUACCUCCCCUCCAGCUCCCAGUGUAAGUCUCGCGAGAUCCACGGCUGUCAGAGCGUUGCCACGGGUUACCAUGGCAACGCUCUGCGCGGCACUAAGGGCCGCAAGAUUUACACUGAGAGCUGGAGGAGCUGCAGGGGAGGUAAGUAAACGCUACCUGCGCCCCCCCCCACCCCAGCUCAGCCAAUGCCACUGGACCACCAGGGACUGUCAUAUCCCCCCUCCCUGACCAGGUAACAAGCAGGGAGGGGGGACAACAAAAAUAAUAAAACAUAAAUAUUAAAAAUAAGCAUAAAAUAAAACAAACAUUAAAAAUUAAAAAGAAAAUAAUGCCUCCCCCCACCCCAUUUUACACAAAUCACAUCCCUUCAGGAAAACACACACACACACACACACUGCAUUAUAUACACACACACUACACACUCUGUAUAUAACGCAGAGUGUGUAUAUAGUGUAGUGUGUCUAUAUAAUGCAGUGUGUGUGUGUGUGUGUGUUUACUACAAACACUGCAUUAUAUAUACACACACUACAAACACUGCAUCAUAUAUACAGACACACUGCAUCAUAUAUACAGACACACUACAAACACUACAUAUAUACACACACUACACACACACUAUAUACACACACUAUACAAACACUGCAUUCACUAUACAAACACUGUGUUCGCUAUACACACACACACACACUACACACACACACACUGCAUUCCCUUUAUACACCACACACUCUGCAUUCAUUAUAUACACACUACACAGUCACUGCAUUAACUAUACACACUACACAAACACACCCUGCAUUCAUUAUAUAUACUACACAAAUAUACACAGUUCCACUGUCUAAACACACUGCAUCCAGUUCAUGUGGCUUUUAUAUUCUGUGCAUUUACCUUUUAGAAAUAGUUUUUUUUCAAAAUGGUAAAUGUACAGAAUAUCGGCAAGUUAUCGGCUAUCGGCCUGAAAGAUAUCGGUCGAUCGUGUAGUGGAUGCAGUGUGUGUGUGUGUGUGUAGUGGAUGCAGUGUGUGUGUGUGUAGUGGAUGCAGUGUGUGUGUGUGUAGUGGAUGCAGUGUGUGUGUGUAGUGGAUGCAGUGUGUGUGUGUGUGUAGUGGAUGGUGUGUGUGUGUGUAGUGGAGUGUGUGUGGUGUGUGUGUGUGUAGUGGAUGCAGUGUGUGUGUGUGUGUAGUGGAUGCAGUAGUGGUGUGUGUGUGUGUAGUGGAUGUGUGUGUGUGUGGUGGUGUGUGUGUGUGUGUGUAGUGGAUGCAGUGUGUGUGUGUGUGUAGUGGAUGGUGUGUGUGUGUGUGUGUAGUGGAUGCAGUGCAGUGUGUGUGUGUGUGUGUGUAGUGGAUGCAGUGUGUGUGUGUGUGUGUGUGUGUAGUGGAUGCAGUGUGUGUGUGUGUGUAGUGGAUGCAGUGUGUGUGUGUGUGUAGUGGAUGCAGUGUGUGUGUGUGUGUGUAGUGGAUGCAGUGUGUGUGUGUGUGUAGUGGAUGCAGUGUGUGUGUGUGUGUAGUGGAUGCAGUGUGUAUAGUGAGUGUUUCUAUAGGUAUGUAAUGUGUGUAAAAUGGGGGGGUUUUGUUUUAGUCUCUCCUCCCUGCUUCUUACCUGGCCAGGGAUGGGGGAUAUGGCAUUCACUGGGGGGCCUGCGGCGGUCCUGGGGCGCGCUUCCCUGUCUAACUCUCGCUGCGAGAGUUAGACGGGGAGCUGAAUGGAGUUGCUGGGAAGGUAAGUAAGAGUGUGCUGCGGGCCCCCCCAGGACUCUGAUGGCGGCCCUGGUCUGCAAUAUCAGUAUCUUUAUUGGCUGAUACCGAUAUUGCUGAAAAUACAGACUAUCGGCCGAUAAUAUCUGUAGCCUGUAGCGCACUGCUGCCAGCAAUAGUGCUGUGAUUCAGGGCCAGUUCGUGUAACUGAAAAAAGAGAUUUAAGGUAUACAAUGUUCAGGUGACUAGAGGAAGAAUCAAGAAGAGGGAGGGACCAUUUUGGCAUAGCACCCAGUCCUGUUACAUAAUCUAGCUAUGGGGUCUAGGUCUGUAGAUUUCCUCCACCUUAGGAUAGCGCACCCGUUUGUUUCUAGUGUAAAAGAAUUAGGGACUUUGCGGCAUUUAAUAGAUAUUUGGUUAAGAGUUUUUUUUAUAUCUUGCUAUGGUUUUUUUCUGUUUUUUUUCUGUUUUUUUUUCUGUGCUGUAAGAGCAUAGGAAGGGGCGGCAGUGGCAGGUCCGAUACUGUAAUCUCACAGAUCUUGGCAAUUCUCAUCGUCCAGUAGGGUCUGAUGACAGGACUGGACCCCAGACGUGAACCCCAAUGCCCACAUCUGUCCCACACCUCCAACAGUCGCUGGAUAGUUCAGCGCUUAUUGAGAUGAAGUGAUCUGGGUGUCUAUAGUGUCCCUUAAAAAAUGCGUCUGUUUGGCAGAUCAUGUUUUUCAAUUCUGUUUUGCACAGUUUGACAUCACACCAUGCAUUAAAAGCAAUAUUGCCUGGGAUAACGGACCCUUUGCUAAAUUGGAUAUGUAGAAUUUAGGGCAGAUCCGUUUAUGAUCUGCCCAUGGAUUAUAUUGCUUUGUCUCUUACAAGGCCUUGGCAUAUUUUGCAAUGACAAUUUGGUUUGUUAGCCUGGGGUAGGCACAAAUGAUAGAGAUAAUUACCAGAAAUGCUCCUUCACAUGUGCCUCCAUGUUUCGUUUUUAAAUUUUUUUUUAAAGCUUCUAAAGUAUUAAGCCAUUCAUUUCCCUGUGUAAUGGAGGGGAUAAAGUAUAAAUGUUUCAUGCAUUGCAUUAGAAAGGUUCUGUCACCCCAGAAUAGUUUUUCUGUUACCAGUUUUUAAGUCAUGAAAUCAAGCUUCUGCUUUUUUAUUCUUUAUUUGGUGUACUUCAAGGAAUAGCUGUUGUAUGACCAGAUGUUUUUUUCUUUUUUUAUUAAUAUACAGAGGGUUAUAGUUUUUGUUCUCCUAUAAUUUUGAAAUGAUUUCUUUUGUAACAUCGUUUUAGGGAUACAUUGUGUUGCAGGUCUCUUUGGGACUGAAGAACUUCGUUUUGCUCUCCCAUUGCAACCUGAAAGGGUUUGUUUUCUUAGCGUUGAUUUCAUGUUGGUAUUGCCUUGUUUUUCAGGAAGCGAUAGUUUCGGCGGUAGAGGAGGAAGAGAUGACUUCAACUCUGGUAAAGCAUGUCUGUUUUUGCUAUUGGGUCUAUCAAUUGUUCAUCUCGGUAUUGGGCUCUGCAUGUGACUUCUCAACAUAGUUUUUCUAUUCAACAUUCAAUCUAAGCCUUACCAAUCUUUCACAUACUUCUACUUCUAAUAUAUUAAUCUUCCUAAUUUGGGAAACUUUUCUUUCCACUUUUGUUAUGACUAUUUUAAUUCAUACUUUGUCCAUCAAAUGUCAGUGAUGCGUAAAACACAAAUUGGGGUAAUCAGCAUUGAAAUGUCUGUUAUACAGCUACAUGUUUGUUUUUGUUUUUUUGUUUUUUGCUUUUAAAGAGUGGUUUUGUGACUAUCCAAGCUCAAAUCAUUGGAAUACGUUCUGUUUGUGAUUGGCAGAUAAUCAAUAUAGUGUGUUAUAAAUCCUCUUGCCAUCAUUCAUGCAGUGGUAAAUGGUGUUUGUACUUUUUGAAACCUUAAAACAGAGCAAAUGUAUCUAGAACCGAAAGACUGAGCAAGGGAAUAUAGGUCUUAGAGAUUUAUCUUAAAAAUCAUGUAACAUUUUUUCAGCAGAAAUAUUAGACGUUUUUGCUCUGUGUGGCUCCUAGGAAAAAGAUGUUUUUAAAACACUGUUAGCACUAUUAUCAACUUAUCUUAUUGCAAUUGUAAUAGUGUCUUAUUUAGGUUCCUCGGUGUCUUGAUCUCCAGUGCUGUAUAUUUUAAAAGUUUGAAGGCUUGGAAGAGUGGAUUCAAGCCCUAUAGAUAAGAAUCUCUACUACGACUUCACCAGGUGUCUAGGGGUCUGCAAUCCUGUAGGUCUGCUCUCUCACACGUCUUGCAGUGAUGCCGGGAGUCGGAAUAUGAGGUCAGUCUGGCCCUGGCAUCACUAGACCGCAUGUAGAGCAAAAUGAGCUUGCAAAUGAUCAGAGUAGCUCCACUGGACCAAAGGUAGGGAGGAUGUGUGGACGUAAAUUUGAAAAACCAAAACACUAUUUAUUUUAAAUGAAUUUUACAAAUAUAGUACAGUGUUUUGGUCUUUUUCAUUUUCAGGAGCUUUGCAACUAAUUAAAAACGUUCAUAAAGAAUGCAUCUACUUACUUUUAUUCCAAAGCAAUUAGUCUCCUCGCAGCACUUUUCUCUGUUCAUGGUGAUGUCAUGAAGUCACAAGACCUUGUUCCAAUCUAAUAAUAAAAUAGUAUUUAAUCAGGAAAGGUACUUUCAGAUUACUCUGGUUUUCAAAUACAUCCUAGGGAUGUUACCUUAACCCAGCAUCCAGGGGUUUUUACUAUACCCAAUUUUUAUUUAAGAACAUUGUCGACCCUCUGCACGAUUGUGGCUUCACAAUCCACCAAUGAUAAGCCUUUCAUAGAGAAUCAUUGAACACAAUGAUUCACUCUGAGAAACCAUGAUUGUGACUCUGCGCAAGUAAACAAGUGGAUUGUUUGUCAGAGCAGCUCAUACCUCACUCGUUGUAACGCAGAAGCCCUAAACCUUUGACAUUAGCAUGCUAGUGCUAAUGUCACUGCAUGAGUAGACAUAAGAUCCGGGAGGUUACUGGCUCUCCAAUUCAGAGAGCUUAGAAGCCGCACUUUCGAAACCUUAAAACAACUGAACUAGAUCUAGUUGGAGUAUAGGAGCAGGGGGAAAUUUCUAAGGCACUUUAACAACUUCAGUAAGAUGAAACUGUUAUAGUGCCUACAGUGUUUCUUUAACGUUGCUAGGACAUUAUGGAACGUCCUAGUUUGAGCAAACGACACCUGGGGCUCCCCUCUGUCAACUGAGUCUAUAUUUAGUAGCCUCAGAUUAAAAGGACACUAUAGUUACCAGAACCACUACAGCUUAAUGUAGUGAUUCUCUUGUCUAUAGCCUCUCCUUCUAGGUUUUUCAGUGUAAAUGUUGCCUUUUCAGAAGAAACAGUAUUUACUUUGCUACUUAGAAACACCUCUAGUGGCAGUCACCCAGACUGCCACUAGAGGUGCUUUCUAGUCCAUUGUUUUACAGUGUUCAGCGUGUCCACACUCUGGAUGUAGGUGCUGAAUGUUCCCUAUAGAGAUGCAUUGAUUUUUGAGCAAUAAUUACCAGAAAUGCUCCUUCACAUGUGCAUCCAUUUUUCCGUUUAGUCUUAUUUUCAGCUUCUAAAGUAUUAAGCCAUUCAUUUCCCUGUGUAAUGGAGGGGAUAAAGUAUAAAUGUUUCAUGCAUUGCAUUGGAAAGGUUUUCUCACCCCAGAAUAGUUUUUCUGUUACCAGUUUUUAAGUCAUGAAAUCAAGCUUCUGCUUUUUUAUUCUUUAUUUGGUGUACGUCAAGGGAUAGCUGUUGUAUGACCAGAUGUUUGUUUCUUUUUUUUUAUUAAUAUACAGAGGGUUAUAGUUUUUGUUCUCCUAUAAUUUUGAAAUGAUUUCUUUUGUAACAUCGUUUUAGGGAUACAUUGUGUUGCAGGUCUCUUUGGGACUGAAGAACUUCGUUUUGCUCUCCCAUUGCAACCUGAAAGGGUUUGUUUUCUUGGCGUUGAUUUUAUGUUGGUAUUGCCUUGAUUUUCAGGAAGGGAUAGUUUAGGCUGUGGUAGGCACAAAUAAGAGCGAUAAUUACUAGAAAUGCUCCUUCACAUGUUCCUCUGUCUUUCCGUUGAGUUUUAGGAGUCAACAUAAUUGUGUAACGCCUGUAUCAGCAAGAACCUUUUAUCCUCAGCAGUCACUGUGGAGGGAUAUUGGGAACUGAAAAAAAUCUUUUCUGCCUGUUAACUUAUUUUUUUAAAUUUUAUUCAUUUUUGUCAUCAUUCUCUGAUUUUAAACAUAAAUCAAAGUAGUCCAUAAUUUGACUUUUGAAAUAUUUGUAUUCUGUUGGGAUUUAAAAAAAAAAAAAAAAAUCAAAUUUUGUAAAUACAAGUGUUUUAUGAUUCCUUUUCUUUGUGACAGAGCUGUUUUAGUGUGUUUUAACAUCUUGACACUUUCUGCCAUUUAUACAGUCUCUUCCUAUUAAUAACUUUUAAAUUAUUGCAAUAUAUUUGUAAAAAAAUUUUAACCUGGGAAGGUGGGGCAGCAUUGGGUGCUGUGAUUUGUUUAGUGCGUCAAUCACAGUGCGCAUUGCUUAUUUGAAUUGGUAUGGCUAGAAGGAAGUGUGUAAUCUUUGACUUACCUUCACCUCUAGUAGAGCCUGAGCUGUGCGUGGUCAGGGAGCCUUAAUUAGCGGUGAACUGCGUAGAAUCAAUUUGGUGUUUAUAGUGCAGUGUACAAAUGCCUCAUAAAUUUAAAAUAAAACCCGUUUUUCUCCAAUUAAUUUGCAAAAUUGGCUAACUGUAAGAUUACUUCACGUAACCACCUCAUGACUUAAAACAAUAGAAAGCCUGUUCAGUGUGUAAAAGUACUCAUAUUAAUACUCUUGUUUUUGUAUUUAAUGGAAACUCCAAGCACCAUAACCACUACAACUCAUUGCUUGUAGUGGUAGAAGGAUAUCAGUGCAGCACCAUGACUAUUACAAUAAGUUGCAGUGGUUAUGGUGCUUUAAAGGAACACUAUAGUGUAAGGAAUAAAAAGUUGUAUUCCCAACAAUAUAGUGCUGCUUCAAUGCUUUCUUUUGGAGCUUUUCUCAAGCUGGACAUCCUCAUGUUGAGCGUGUGGACGUUCAACUUUGUUUUUCCGAGUCAAACUGGUCUGGUGGACAGCCAGUAGAAGCAGUCUUAGUACUGCCAUGUAAACGUUGCAGUUUUAAUGACCCAGCAGCAAUUUGUCUUGUCGUGUUCAGCUGAAACUGAAGUAUGGUGCUCUGGGUUUUAUUUGAAUACCAAAUUCCCAUUUACCAAUAUUCACCUCUUGAUGGCGUGUUUGUAAAUAUAAACAUACCAGGCAAAUGUUUGGAAUAAACAGACUUGGACCGGUUUGUGCAAACCCUUCCAUGAUGGGAAGCUUGCUAAAACUUGUAAAUGUUUUGUUGACCUUUUUCAGUGACUAUAGUAAAAAUGUAUAUAGUACCAUAUAUCUGGGGUUGAGGGAGAGGUUUCUGUUUUAGAGGUGGGUGUUUUUCUAUUCGGAAGUAAGUGUGGCAGUAUUUAUUAUGUUUAUAUUUGAGCAUUUAAAGUUGCUUUUCUUGCAAUACAGUCUCCUGAUUUCAUCUUCCCUGAGUGCAGGUUGUAUUUGAAGACAUUGCUUUCAUCUUGGUAUUUACGAAACGCUAAAUGAUCCACCAUUGACUUAAUUCUUUCCAUCAUGUUUGAUAUUGUAAAUAAAACUUUCUUAACAUGAUCAUGCUUGCUUUUUUUUUUUUUCUUUUCUUUUUUUUUUAGGCUUUAAAGAUGAUGAUUUUUUAGGAGGCAGAGGCAGAGGGGGUCGUGGUGGUCCAGCUGAUCGACGAGGCCCUCCACCUUCUGCAGGAGGCCCUGCUCGUUUCAGAGAUGCACCGCGCGGUGGUUCAAUGGAUUUCCGAGAACCAUCAGAAGGUUUGCGAUCGAAACCCUUUUUAAGCUUAUUUCAUAGUUAGUGAGUUAGAGGCCUGACUUGAAUUAGGUGUUUCAAACAACCAAUAAACUAUUUUUUGGUGUAGAGCAUUUCAAUUUAGAGUUCUUAUCUAUAUUUUGUUCAUCUAUUGUGUCCAAGAAAAUUGAAGUAGUCCAUCUAAUGUAAUUUUCAGCUUAUUUAAAUUGGCCAAAGCUGGUACACUAAAUCUGGUUUUCCAUGAAGUUGUUAAAAUGUUUUAUAAAUGUGUAUUUUUAUUUAUUUUCAAGCAAGUCAUUGGUUCAAAACAAAUGCUUUAUGCAACUCAUUGUUAUUGUUAGAGAAAGCCAAAGAAGCCCUUUGAUCUUUUCUUUUCUGCAUGGAUGCAGUCUGAAGUGACAUAAUCAGUAGAUUACUCUUUGAAAGACUAUGAAGCUAAAUUAGGGAAUCCAAAUCUGUUUUUGGCUACAUCUAGUAUCUUCCCAGAGCACAGACUGUUAAUAUAUUUCACUAAAGCAGGGGCCAAAGGACAAUAGAAACGCAGACCUAAUCAAAUACACCAAUAAACCGAAUGGCUGUACAAGUAAAUUAACUUGAAGAUGGUACGCACCACUUGCUUUAAGCCCAUGAAGGACAAAUGAAUGAAAUGCACCAGGAUCUGGGGUUAAAAUUUAUUUUUACCCAGCCUCCUGAGGUGAAAUAUGGAUUAGCAACAGCUCAAUAAAAUAUGUCUAGUUAAAGCAGCUGCCCAAACUAAUAGAGGCAACAAAUAUAUAAUGACUGAAUAUAGGUGCACCUAUACAGAGUAUUUCAUAUUAUACAAGUGUGUGUGUAUUAUUAUUUAUUAUUGGUAUUUAUAUAGUGCUAACAAAUUCCGUAGCACUUUACAAUAUUAUUGGAGGGGGGAUUUAACAAUGAAUGAGACCAUUACAAAAAGUUACGGAACAGUAUGAUGAAGAGGGCCCUGCUCAAACGAGUGUGUGUAUGUAUAUGUGUGCAUAUAUGUGUGUGUAUAUAUGUAUGUGUGUGUGUAUAUAUGUAUGUGUAUAUACACAUUCCAAAAGUGACCUAAACAUAGCAGUGAGAGAGAAUGUGAAUUUUUAAUUUAAUAGCAUUUUUGUCUGUAAUGUCUUAAAGGGUUUCUCCAACCUCCCAUCCCUUUUUUUUUUUUUUUAAAUGGUAAGUUAUUUUUUUUACACCUUUAAGUAAUGCCCUCUUAGCAUUAUUUACCAGGGUGCCCCCUCCCAAACACAUAGGAUUCUCAAUUAAGGUUUUACUUGCCUUCAUCUAGCGAAGCUCUCUGCACAGUUUAGCGCACCCACCAUGACGAACGUCACCUGAGCAGCUCCGAGGUCCGAUCAAAGGCUUAUCAUAGAGAAAUCUUUGAUAGGUACAUAUACCUGGCUCUUAUCGCGUAGGAUAGUGAGAUGGGAGGGCUACAAUGAAGGAAUAAUGGGGAACCAAUCUUUCCCUUGCAUACACACUGCCUGCAGGGGGAAGAUUUUCACGACAGAUGGUUUUUAUGCACUGAAUUGACAUUGGCAACCCGGAAUAGAGUUCUGGGCUACCAAUGUUACCUAUGCUGGGGAUGUAACUAGCCAAAAGCACACAAUUAAAAAAAUUACUUUGAAUGUGCAGUGUUUCAAGCUGAAUCAGUACACAUACUGACUUCUACUCCCAUGACCACUUCAAACCACUGAAGUAACCUGUUAAAAGGCUACUUCAGCAACCUACAAUUUUUGGUGUAAUAGUCAGAUCUCCUGAUUGUGUUUAAUAUGAAUUAUUAAUAUGUUUUGCAAAUCAUUCUAUCCCUCACUACCAUUAAACUACAAAUAAAGCUGUACUUGAUAUCAGGAAUUGGGUUUCUGGGGGUUGUAGUUCACCUAUAGACUGUAAACUCGUUUGAGCAGCGCCCUCUUCAACCUAUUGUUCAUGUAAGUUUUUGUAAUGGUCUCAUUUAUUGUUAAAUCUCCCCCGUUGAUAUUAUUGUUAAGCACUAUGGAAUAUGCUGGCGCUAUAUAAAUACCAGUAAUAAUAAUAAUGUGUUUGCAAUCUACAGUAGAAAACUGACAUUUCCAAGGGCUCAUAGAAAAUCCUGCACAGCCUUGAGGUUUAUAGAAAAUGCACGAGCCUUUAUUAUGUGAGCCUUUCUUUUUGAUUUGUUUUUGCAUGGUUUUUAAUACUGUAGUAUGCAGUGUAUUGAAGAAGAUUAAAUCAUGUCUGGAAUAAUAUGGCUUUCUUAUUUUGCACUAAUACAGAGGAGAGAGCACAGAGACCACGACUUCAGCUUAAACCCAGGACGGUUGCCACGCCCCUCAAUCAAGUAGCCAAUCCAAACUCUGCCAUCUUCGGAGGUGCUAAACCCAGAGAAGAACUUGGUGAAAAGCCGAAGGAAUAA